AUGAUAGAGAGCGAUGGUCACGGCGGUGUGAACCAAUUAGGCGGUGUAUUUGUGAACGGAAGACCUUUACCUGACGUGGUGAGACAACGGAUAGUCGAGCUGGCGCACUCAGGAGUGAGACCUUGUGACAUCAGCCGGCAGCUCAGGGUAUCACACGGAUGCGUCUCCAAGAUACUAUCUAGGUACUACGAAACAGGCAGCUUCAAGGCAGGUGUCAUCGGUGGCUCCAAACCAAAAGUAGCAACUCCACCUGUGGUUGACGCGAUCGCGGCUUACAAGAGAGAGAACCCUACGAUGUUCGCGUGGGAAAUUCGGGACAGACUGUUGAGUGAGGGUAUCUGCAGCCAAGAUAAUGUGCCUUCUGUGUCCAGCAUUAAUAGGUAA